UGCUGCUGCGGCCGUCUGAUUGGUCAGCACGUUGGCCUGCCCCCCGGCAUCUCCUCCAGUCAGAAUGAUAAGGCGGAGCGUCUGGCUAAGAAUGACAGCCUAUCAGAGAAAUGGUCCGUCAGCAAACACACCCAGCUCAGCCCCACCGACGCCUUCGGAACCAUUGAGUUCCAGGGAGGGGGCCACUCCAACAAAGCCAUGGUGACCACUUUAUACAUGGGAUUGAAUGAUAUAACAUUGCUUUACAUAGACAUAGGAUGGAUAGAUAAAUAAGGGCAUAGUCACAUAAGCGUUAUCUACAGACAGAUAGGACCUAUCCACAUGACUGCAGACAGAUAUCUUGAUGCGAGUAAAACGAGUCCGAUUCCAAUGAGCUUAUUAUAUGUAUGUAAUCAAAUGUUUUGAACAGCUUUAUUGUACUCUCUCAUUUUAAUCUAUAUUUUACAUUGAUUCAAUACCAACAAAAUUACGGCUAUUGGUAGUAUGAUUAUAUUAUAUCAGACAUUUCUUUGUCUGUUUCUUUACGUACAAGAAAAUGCAUUGUGAUAGGAAAAGUGAGAAGACAUCAAACAUACAAAUGUGUUUUGUUUGUGUGUUCAUUUGCAGUAUGUGCGUGUGUCCUAUGACACCAAACCAGAACUCCUGCUGCACCUGAUGACCAAGGAGUGGCAGUUGGACCUUCCCAAGCUGCUCAUCUCAGUGCAUGGGGGCCUGCAAAACUUUGAGCUGCAGCCCAAACUCAAACAGGUCUUUGGCAAGGGCCUCAUCAAGGCUGCCAUGACAACGGGAGCCUGGAUCUUCACUGGCGGAGUCAACACAGGUGGGCUGGGUGGGUGGAGGAAUAAACCAGGCCCACAUAGCGGGCUGAUAACAACCACGUGCUGUGUCGUUGUUACCCAUUAACCCUAUGCUUCUGGUUGUCGCUACUCUUGUUUUGUGUUGUGUUGUGUGUGAAUAAUCAAAAGGGUUAGGGUUACUGCAUAUAUGGGAAAGGUUAUGAACAGAAAGAGAAGAGAGAGGUGUGACAGAAAGUAGAGAGAAUAGAGGGGCAGAGGUUGGAUAUAGAAGAGAAAUAAUGGGGGAAAGUGGAUGGAGAGAAACAGAAGUAGAAUAGAAAAAGGGAAGGAAAGAGGAGAAUAGUGAGUGUCAGGCACUAUGAGAUAAUAAUAAUUGAUUGGAUUUAUAUAGCGCUUUUCUACCAACUGAGGUACUCAAAGCACUUUACAUAGUAGGGGGAAACUCACCUCAUCGACCACCAAUGCAUAGCACCCACCUGGGUGAUGCAUGGUGACCCUCCAGGCAUGACUGGGGAGAGAUAGAGGGGGAGAGAGAUUGAGAGAAGGGGGGGAGCGAUAUAUACGGUACCUGUCCGUCUCCCUGUGUCUGGGUGCUGUGUUAGUGUCUGACUGUCUUUAUCUUUUAGUAGUGGGUGAAUCAUUUAUUUAAGAUUACGUAUCAAUAAUGACAAAAUGCCACUCUUUCUUAAUCUCUCUGUCUAAAACACAUAAAACUCUCUCACUCACAUGUACAAUCUAUUAUUGCUCACACACCUCUCUCUCUCUCUCUCUCUCUCUCUCUCUCUCUCUCUCUCUCUCUCUCUCUCUCUCUCGUCUCUCUCUCUCCUCUCCUCUUCUUCUUCUCUCUCUCUCUCUCUCUCUCUCUCUCUCUCCUCUCUCUCUCUCUCUCUCUCUCCUCUCUCUCUCUCUCCCUCUUCUCUCUCUCCUCUCUCUCUCUCUCUCUCUCUCUCUCUCUCUCUCUCUCUUAUAUAUCACAAACAUACACUCAGGGGUGAUCCGGCAUGUGGGUGAUGCGCUGAAGGACCAUGCCUCUAAAUCCCGGGGGAAGAUCUGCACUAUCGGCAUUGCCCCCUGGGGCAUUGUGGAGAACCAGGAGGACCUGGUGGGAAAAGACGUAAGUUACAGUGUGUGUGCAUUCAUGCGUGUGCCCCAUACUGUAUUUGUGUGUUUGUGCCUGCUACUGUAUUUCUGUGUGUAUGGGUGUUUCGAUCUCAAGCACUACACCCAGGAUACACUUGACCAGAGAAUAUAUUGUCUUCGACAGUUUAUUAUCUAACCUUCUGAGUAAGCGGAACGUGUUGGUGAACACUUUGUCGUGGUCCAACAGGUGGUCCGACCGUACCAGACCAUGUCCAACCCGCUGAGCAAGCUGACCGUGCUCAACAGCCUGCACUCCCAUUUCAUCUUGGCCGAUAAUGGGACCACAGGGAAGUACGGUGCUGAGGUCAAACUCCGUAGACAGCUAGAGAAACACAUCUCCUUGCAGAAAAUCAACACACGUGAGUGGAGCCUGCCCCUGUCAAUCACAGCAAGAGCCAAUGACAGGCUUAAAAGAAAAAUACCUGCACAGUGCACACUGUUCAAAUGA